UGCAUGCUUCACCGAAUACCAUUCAUAUCUCCUCAACUAAUACAUACACAUAACUAUCAACAAGUGGAUAACAGUGUUAUUUUGUGAUAUUGCUUGGAUUUUUACGAGUUGUAGUACUUUUAAAAUAUUUGUGGUUUUUGAAAAAAUGAGUGGUGAGGACGACGAACAUCGGUUUAUAAAAUGUGUUGUCGUCGGGGACGGCGCCGUCGGGAAGACAUGCAUGUUAAUGAGCUACGCAACAAACAGAUUUCCAACGGAAUAUGUCCCGACCGUUUUCGAUAACUAUGCAGUGACUGUCACCAUACGGGGUACCUCAUACCAGCUAGGCCUUUUUGAUACAGCCGGUCAGGAAGAGUAUGAAGGGUUACGUCUUCUGUCAUAUCCAGGCACACAUGUGUUUCUUUUGAGUUACUCAGUUGUUAUGCCAGACACUAUGAAAAACUUGGAAUUAAAAUGGCUACCGGAAGUGCGGAGUAAUUCACCUACUUCCGCUUUUCUCAUUGUUGGAACUCAAAUAGAUCUCCGAGAUGACGAAAAAGUUCGCCAAAAACUUCAAAAACGAAGACAAAAACCAGUGACUCCUGAAGAAGGUGCUAGAUUAGCUAAAAAAGUAAAUGCAGACUGUUAUGUUGAAUGUAGUUCAUUAACACAACAAGGUCUCAAGGACGUUUUUGACGAAGCAAUGUUAGCUGUUUUGGAACCUAAGAUUAAGCGACGAGCUCCGAGACGAGGACGACGAAAAUGUGUUAUUUUAUGAUUUCAUAUUAAAUGUGUUCAUUUUCAAGUGAUAACAAUAUUAAUAGACCAUCUCAGAAGAUGGUUAAAUUAGAAUUUCAACUGCCAAAGCAUAGAUUACUUAAAGCUGCUGUCAGUAUGUGUGCAAUAUAGUGUGUAUAUAGAAAGCAUUCACGGAAACACAUCAGGGCUUUGUAAUUGAACAAUCUAUGCAAAAAUUUUGAUAUCACCUGAUUAACUGUAUGGUGUACAUGAACUACAUGUGCUGUAUGUAUGCUCCUCGAGCCACAAGAGGUCCUGUAAUGUUAUUAUCAAAUUAGUUACAAUUAAAUUGUUCUUAAAAGGAGAACCCGUUUUUGAUCAUAUGACAAACAGUCAAAUUAAAUGGUAUACAAUACAUUAAGAAAUAACAUACUGGUACAUUUUGAACCUUAUAUUUCUAUUAUAAAAAUGUCCAAUGUAAUUAUAUAUACAAUCAGAUCCCACCUAUUUUUUACGACAAUCGGUGUGUGAACGUGUAAAUCACUAGUACGUGAUAACUACUAUACCCGCUGGCUACCGUCUGAAAUCUUACAUGUUUUUAUAUACAUCUUGCUUAUUGUCAACGGUCAGAGGGGUAUCAUUAUCAACCCAGACAUUUACUUACAAUAUUGACUACAUAGUUUUGCUAUAAUUUACGUUUUUUACAGUGUAAUGGACAUUUGUGACAGCCUGUACAAGACCCCCAUAGCGAUUUUUAUCGUUAAAUUCAUUUAUGCAUUCCUUUGUUAAUGUUAUAUAUGUAUAUACAUGAAAUGUCAAUUUAGAAGGCAGCUUUUCUAAAUUGUUAAAUUACAUUUAUUAUUGAUCGAAUAUUGUCCGGAUUUACUUGUGCCGAGUAUGCAAUUUUGGAAAGCAUUUAACAUUACAUUUACAUUAUACAUGUGUAUGUAUUUUGCUAUUGUUUGGUUAAUCUAUAAGAUGAAACUGUGCGAUCAUUUCGCUUUUUCCUUACAAACUUACGGCCUACUUGAAGCCUUAAUGAGAUAAGUGACUUCAUUUUCAUGUACACUUGUCUUUUUGUCUUCAGGAAGUUUAUUUCCUUUCAUAAUAAAUGACAAAUCUAA